GGGCGGAGGGGCGAGUACACUUCCGCGAGAAACACUCAAAUAUACACGCAGCUUCAUCGGGACCCGGCUUGAGUAGCGUUUUGUGUUGGUGUGUGUGUUUUUUGCCCCCCCGUUCAGUCCGGUUCGGUGGAUCAGCGCCGUCAUGUCGUACGAGCUGAAGCAUGUGUUUGCCAGCCUUCCUCAGAUGGAAAGGGGUGUGGCCAAAGUGCUGGGUGGAGAUCCAAAGGGGAACAACUUUCUGUAUACCAAUGGAAAGAGCGUCAUCAUCAGGAACAUUGAUAAUCCCGCCAUCGCUGACGUCUACACCGAACACCCUCACCAGGUCCUUGUUGCCAAGUACGCCCCCAGCGGUUUUUACAUCGCCUCAGGAGAUGUUUCAGGAAAGAUCCGUAUUUGGGACACAACCCAGAAAGAGCACCUGCUGAAGUAUGAGUACCAGCCCUUCGGAGGGAAGAUAAAGGACAUUGCCUGGACUGAGGACAGCAAGCGUAUUGCUGUGGUCGGAGAGGGCAGAGAGAAGUUUGGUGCUGUGUUCCUGUGGGACAGUGGUUCGUCAGUAGGGGAGAUUGUGGGCCACAGUAAGAUCAUUAACAGCGUGGAUAUCAAACAGACACGGCCGUACCGUCUCGUUACUGGCAGUGACGACAACUGCACCACCUUCCUCGAGGGACCUCCUUUCAAGUUCAAGUGCACCCUGAGUGAUCACAGCCGGUUCGUCAAUUGUGUGCGUUUCUCACCGGACGGAAGCCGCUACGCAUCCGCAGGGGCCGAUGGCCAGAUUUUCCUGUAUGAUGGGAAGACUGCAGAGAAGAUGGGCACGCUGGGCGGAGCUAAGGCCCAUGAUGGCGGAGUUUAUGCUGUGUGCUGGAGUCCUGACAGCACCCAGCUCAUGUCAGCGUCUGGUGACAAGACAGUGAAAUUGUGGGAUGUGGCCACCGGUACUGCAGUAACAACCUUUAACCUGGGAUCAGAUGUGCUGGACCAGCAGCUGGGCUGUCUGUGGCAGAAGAAUCACCUCCUGAGCAUUUCGCUGUCUGGGUAUAUCAACUACCUAGACAAGAACAACCCGAACCGGCCUCUCCGGGUCAUCAAGGGCCACAGCAAGGCCAUCCAGUGUCUGACAGUCCAUAAAGAGGACGGACGGCCCUUCAUUUACUCCGGCAGCCAAGACGGACACAUCAAUUACUGGGAUGCUGAGACUGGUGAAAAUGAGGGGAUAGCAGGAAAGGGUCACUCUAACAUGGUGGCCAGGAUGGCUGUGGACGAGUCAAACAACCUAGUCACUUGCAGCAUGGAUGAUACCGUCCGCUACACUGAUCUCGGCAAGAAAGAAUACAGUGCAUCUGACCUGGUGAAGAUGGAUGUUCAGCCAAAGACUGUGUCAGUGGGGCCAGGGGGCCUGGCUGUAGCUGUGUGUAUUGGACAGGUGGUGUUGCUGAAGGAUAAGAGAAAAGUUUUCACUCUAGAAAACCUGGGCUAUGAACCGGAGGCAGGCGCUGUGCACCCAGGAGGUGUAACUGUGGCUGUGGGCGGAGCUGACGGAAAGGUACAUCUGUAUUCAGUCCAGGGGAACACCCUGAAGGAUGAUGGGAAAGUUUUGGAGGUCAAGGGGCCAGUGACUGAUAUGGAGUUCUCCCGAGACGGAGCCUUCCUUGCUGUUUGCGACGAGAAGAAAGUCAUCACUGUGUUCACUGUAGCUGAUGGUUACCAGGUUAAGAAUGAUUUCUACGGUCAUCAUGCCAAGGUUGUGUGUAUGGCCUGGUCUCCUGAUAAUGAACAUUUUGCUUCUGGAGGGAUGGACAUGAUGGUCUAUGUUUGGACUCUCAAUGACCCAGACAAGAGGAUCAAAAUCCCAGAUGCUCACCGAUUGCACCACGUCAGUGGCUUGGCCUGGCGGGACGAACACACACUCGUCACGACAUCUCAUGACUCAUGUGUGAAACAAUGGACAUUGAAAAUCUAAGCACACAAGCGCACCCACACUUCAAACACUCUCAUGGGAUCACCAGGGAUAGGGACUACUGUAGACAAUAACUCUCUCUUGCUUUCUCCUUCUGUCUGGGUUUUUUUUUUCUCCUUCUUUUUUUCUUUAUUUCAGUUGGUCUGUAAGUAGCAAGUUUUGUCCUGGAAGCUUCUCAGUUGAAACCUCUUAGCUGUGUGUUUAUCCGCUCUGCUUUUUAUUCGGUUAACCGUCUGCUUACAAAAAAAUGAAAAUGUAUUUUAAAGAGAUGUUUUUCAUCUUAACUGCCAUCUAAUACAUCUUUACCAUACGAUUGAAUACCAUGGACAACAGUUUUAACUCACUUUAUACUUGGAAAAGAACUGAAAACUUCUCAAAUCAAACUUUCCUUACAAUAGAAGCCGCUAGGUAGUUGCUGAAUGUUUCAAAUGUGUGACUAUUUAAUGAGACAGACAUGAGAUAAUAUUUUACCAAAGCUGCUUCUAUGAAGUUCUAUCCAACUUCUGAAUGCUACAUUAACACAAAGUUCCGGUUACUUCAACUUUCCAUAAGGUUUUCUGGUAUCCAUAAGGAAUCAUGCAGGAGCUUAUGAAAACUUUGUCCACAAAUUGCUGCCUUCGAUCUGUUUUUGAAAGAAUUAAUAAUUCACAUCUUUCAUUGGAAAACUGAAGAAUUCCGUGUUUCACAUGACUGUACUGUCAGAAUUAGCAACUGCUCAAUGACUUCGAGGAAUUAAGUUUCAAGUUACCUUUUCCCCUCUUCUUUUGUAAGUAUAGCGGAAUAUAGUGAAAGCAUAGUCUAUGAUAAUCGAUUGUAGAGUACAGAUGCAGCAGAGGACGCUUAGGCUGAAAGAUGCAGGGCUAUUUCUUUAAAGCACUUGGCUUCUGAGAGCUUUCUCACCUUAAACACAAUUAAAAAGCAUGACAUUCCAGAGGCGCCAGCCCGAUCUCCACUCAAUUAAAGAUUCAGAAUGCUGAUGUAGGGUCAGUUUUUUUGGCAUUAAUGAGAUGCACUCAUUAUGCUUCAUAGAUGCCAUUGUAAAAUUGACUGCUGUUGUGUCAGUAGUACUCAUACACAGAUAUAAGCCUAGAGCUCAACAUGGCAUAACCUUUCUAAAAUAUGGAACUGAGCUGUAAAUAUCUGCUGAGCAACUUCUAGAUAUUUCUAGGACUGUCCAGUCAGCCAGUAAGCAUUCUCUUUUUAAAAAGGUCUUUACUGGGUGGAGACUUUGCUUUUGCCCUCUUCUUCUAUUUUUGUAUGAUGGAACAUAUUUGUGUCUUUCGCAGUCCAGCUCUGAUGAGAGGGAGUGUGCCUGUGUGGGGAGUUGGGGGUGGGGUGGGGGGUCAAUAAUAUAUAAAUCAGAAACCUGAUCAUGAAAAGUUUCAAAAAAAGAUACUGUAUUGUGUCUGAUGUUUUUUUUUUUUUGGUUUUUUUUUGUCCUUUUGUCUACGAGGUCUCACUCAGUUUCAUUGUGUUUGGUUUUGUUGUUUUGGAUGCCUCCACUUUUUUUCCAUUGGAGUGGAUGUGAUUCAUAAUAAUAUGAAUUAAUAAUGGAAAUAAAAACAAACACUUUUUA